CGUCAGAAGCAUUCAUUCGCAAGUCUAUUCUUUACCUUCCCACCUUCAAAUAUUCGUCCUUCCGUCCAUCCAACCCAUACUGCAUAACACCAACCCUCAGCCAACUGUCCGUCAGGUCAUAAGAACUACCACCGUUCAACUCUAUCCCCCGAGCAAGCAACCAAAACAUCAAGAUGCAACUAUUUUGCACCCCUUCUCUGUCCCUCUUCCGCGCCGCUCGUUCUCUGCGGAAUCGCCUCCUCAACUCGACUACCCUCCUCCCCGCACGCGCUGCUGCCGCUUCAGUUCGCAACUCGUUCCACUUCUCCUCGCCUUUCCACUCGCAUUCCCAAGACAAGAUCAAGAACCAGCCUGCACCAGCCGCUCUAGGCACCCUCGCCGUCUUGGGCAACGGGCUACCUGCUGGAAUGGAGGGACACGGCGCCGUCAAGGCUGGUGAGGGAUGUGAGAGGCUCCGGAGACAAAUGAGUCCCUUCUAUCAACACUGGGAGCAGGGAAGCUUCUUCUUUAACGGAAAGAGCAAGUUUCUCUGAGGGAUAUAGGGCCAAGACCAGAAACCAGCCUAGCAUUUUGUCGUUUUGCGUUUUGCGUUUGCGUUGAUUUGCUUUAUGCCUUUACCCCUUGAGUCGGUCGAGUCGUGAUAACCUUCGUCGUUGCUAGGUGGUAUGAUAGAAGAAGAGAAGAGAAUGCAAUGCCAGCUUUUCAUC